CGGCAACAACGAGUAAAUAGUGUGAAAAAAAAACCGCGCGUACGUAGGGCUCGCGAACGGCUGCGGUGGCGGCAGAAUGCUACGGCGUAACCCUGACAUAAUCGUUUAUAUAAGUUGUUCCCCCCGUACCCGAGACAUUUUAGUCUGCUCAACUUUGGAGGCAAGUGUACUGUGGUUCCCACACAGUCUGCUGCAUUCCGCUCGCCACUAAACAACAGUGAAAGUGCGCGUUUGCGCGAUGUUUUUACUCAUUUAACCGGCUCGACGAACGAUUUCUGUUUAUCUAUUAAUUUAUUUAUUUAAUUUCGUAUCGUAAGUUUGCGCGGUUUUAUUUAUUACCCGAAUUUUUUUGUUAGUAUUUUCGUAGAAAUUUUGUGGAAUUUCGUCGUCGUUCUCGUUCGUAUACCUAUCUUUAUAGUAUCUAGUGAUUUUCGUGCGUGUGUGUGUGUGUGUGCCUGUGUCCGUUAUUCGUCCGUUGAUACAGUUGAAAAUAUCGCAAAAUGUCGGAUGUUACCAGCUCAAACGAGGAAACGGCGGCGAUCGUGGUGCCAGCCCCAGCCCCAGUGACCUUAGACGAAGCUGUCAAGAAAACCGAAUCUGGCGACUUGAUCAUCACGAAAUCGGCCAAAAUGAUGGAAAAUCGCGCCAGUAUAUCGUCGGUUGAUAGUAGUAUUUCGUUAUCUUACGACGCUGUUCCUUUUACGCCGCGUAGUUCGCUCACCAUCAGCACAGACGAUGAGUCGAAGAUAGCGACUCGUUUCGGUAGCCAUACGGAUUCGUCUUCGGACGCGGCUGCCUCCGGUAACGAGUCGAAGAAGAUAAAAACCAACAGCGCAGGCGACAGUAGUAACGACGAAGAACCUUUCGAGCCACCCGAUGAAGAGCUCACCAAACGAAUCGUCGAUCAAGUAGAAUAUUAUUUUUCUGACGAGAAUAUCGUAAAGGAUGCUUUCCUUCUCAAACACGUUCGUCGCAACAAAGAGGGCUACGUUUCGCUCAAGCUGAUCGCCAGUUUCAAACGAGUCAAGCACAUAGCUCGAGAUUGGCGCGUCGUUCGCGUGGCUUUGGACAAAUCCACCAAGCUGGAGAUCAACGAAGCCGGCACCAAGCUCCGGCGAAAGGAUCCGCUGCCUUUGUACGACCAAACGACGCCUUCGCGAACCGUGGUCGCAAUCGAUAUACCGCCGGAGAAGGCAACCAUCGAAUGCAUAGCCGAAUUAUUCCGUCCUUGCGGCGAAAUAGCUCUCGUACGCAUCCUGCGGCCAGGUAAUCCGAUCCCAGCCGAUGUACGUCCGUUCUGCAACAAGCAUCCCGAAAUGCACAACACCGUAAGCGCUUUGAUCGAAUUCGUACGCACCGAAUCGGCUCACAAUGCCAUGAAUCGCGACACCGAAAACGAUCCGAAUCGUAUCCAGGUUCUCGAGCUAAACGCUCCUCCGUCCAAGAAGAAGGUCGCCGUCAAGACGAAAUUCUCGAACCGCGUCUACGACCAAGACUACGCCACAUCGUCCUGCGCCAGCGGCUCGGAAACCGACGAACGGUACAAACUGCAUCACAUGCAAAGACGCUGUUCAUCUCCUCAUUUGACCAAUAAGCCCGGCGUCAAUAACAACAACUCGGGCGAGCAGCUCUGGAGUCAACGUCGCUGGUCCAGAGAUUCCGGUACAGACAGUCCGGCUUCCAGUUACUCGCGUUCUCGCUCCAAUAGCGGAGUUUACUUCAUACCGGAGCAGCGACGUCUCUCAACAGGCUGGGAAUCCAGCUCGGAUAGUUACAGCUCGUGCAGAUCUCGUUCCAAUAGCGGCGUCUCUAUUCCGGAGAUAUUUCACAUGCGUCGGUACUCGUUGCCUCGAAAAGAACCCAACUGCUGCUGUUGCGGGUUCCCGAAAUGCGAAUCUUCCAACGGAGGCGCCGGACGCAGGUACUCUGUGGGUCGAGGAUCGGAUGACGGAUACCAUCCGGCUCCGCUGUCGCGCUGCAAUAGCGGCGAAAGUUCCGAUGGACCUUAUCGAAAGGAAUCCAUACCGGAGUAUUAUCCGUUGCACCGAAGCAACGGUUCGUUCGAGAGACGCUCGUCUUUCACGAAGUCCAACGGAGGAGAUGGUCCUUGGUCGCGCAAUAGCAGUAUUUCUUCGGCUUCCGAGUCCGGCCGCAGGUUAUCGGAUUGCGACGGACGUGGCUUGGUCAGGCAACGCUCGUUUGGUAACAAUAUCGGUAAUUUAGGCAAUUCCGAUGCCAUCGUAAGAUUACCUCGAGGUCCCGAUGGAGGUCGCGGAUUCCAAAGGGAACUAAUCGAGUACGCUUUGCCAGAGUAAUUUUAUCCAAUUCGAUCCUGCAAACGAAGGAAUCAACAACUUUUCAACCUAGGUAAUUGGAAAAGUGUUUCUUUGUUUUCUGUGAGCUUAUUUCCCCUUUAAUUUAAUGCAACUUUUCUAAACUUUGGAAAUUUUAAUUUUAAAAUAAGCUCAACGAAUCAUUUCCAACCUUCGAUUUAGAACUAUUCACGAGUCGAGGAGUCCAAAAAAACCAGGACUUCAGCAGGAUCUUUUUCUCGAAGGUAGGAUGGUGGGAGGGGGGUCAAUUUUUUCACGUCAAUGGUUCGCUUUUUCAGUGUCUUUGGACAUACCAAAUUUUUUUCGGAGUGAAGGAUACCAAAAAUACCUUUACUAUGAAUACUUCGAAAAUCAUUUUUGAAAAAUGCAAUCAUAUUCUUUGAAAAUCUCUCCAGAGAAAAGUAAUGAAAAUUUUCAUACUUUUUCAUUUGCUCAACAAAAAAUUCUAAAAAAUUUGCAAAUUCUGAAUUUAGAUUUGUAAGUUUGCGAAUGGAGAAUUUCACAAUGAAAUUUUUUCAAUAUUUUACAAAAAGAGGGACAAGACAAUAAUUUGAAAAUUCAAAGUCUGAUUGAAAAAAAAAAAAUUUCAAACAGGAUAAGCAGGACUGUUAGACACCCUGCUUAUUCGAU